CUUCAGCUGAGGGUAGCUGAGUCGAUCCCACAGUAUUAAUACCCCUCCCUCCCCUCCAUCUCUACCUUUCAAUCUCCAUCAUCUUGACCCGAUUUACUAUUUCCUCACAACAGAUCUUAUUUUCCUUCUCUCACCGCAAAAAUGCUCGACGCCGUGGAGGUCCCAUUUGACGCGUCCAAGCUCGCAUUUCGAACCAAUUUCGAUGGCCUCUCUACUUCCAACCCCGCCCUGCAACUUCAACUUGAGAAUGUGACCAAAAGCUACCAGAGCGCCCUUACAAAUUUCGCGUCUGAAGACAAAAACGCACGGGAAGACUACCAGGAUCAAAAGGACAAUGGCCUCACUGAUGCUAGCUUUGGAACGUGGGUGAAGCAAGGAGACUGCCCCCAGUGGAUCGCGGCGAAGAAUCAACUGGAGAGUGCUGGUGCCCAGUUAACCCAAGCUGCUAUGAAUGCCUUUGGGCAAGACUACCAACAAAAGCUUGGCAAAGAACAGAGUGAUUUUUCUCGUGAAGCACACCAGGCGGGGCAUUGGCCAGAAAUGUUCUAAGGCACGGUGGAUUACAACAUGAAAGCUUGGAGUCUUUGAACUCGGCUAGCAUUAUGUAUAUGCACUAGCGAUCGAUUUCUAUACUGUCAUCAAAAGAUACCAGGUGUUUUCUAAAUACAAGUAUCUAAGAAAAUACAUACAACCAAUAGCAGUAUCUAAUAGAUGUCGAUUUCAUAUCAAGUUUCACGAAUUAAAU